GACUCAUUUCGACAUUUCGACAUCCACACAGCCUUGGGAAAUUUUUUUAUUCUGUCAGUCAAUUUGACAUUUUAGUAGUGGAAGUUGGAUUGGGUGCGCGCAUCAUCGUUUAUUUGCUAGUCUUUUUAAAGUCUCUUCUGGGUCUAAUAAGAUCUGGUAGUGUUUCCUGCAUAGAUUGAAUUAGUGCUUGAGUAAACAUACAUUGUGUGGGGAUCAAUUAGAAAGGAAUAUCAAACGCCAAGGCGUCAAAUCUAAGUGAAGUUUUUCCCGCCUUCAGAGACAACACUAUUCUCCAAAAUGUUUGAUUUGGAAAAAGAGCUGCCAAACUACGUAGCUGAUGCUCUUACGGCAGUAGAAUUCAAGCUAGUUCGGGAUAUUGGUGACUUGGAUGAUGACAGCGUCUCUUUUCAUCCUGUUAUGGCUCAUCAGAUUUUUGGAGAAAACGAAAAGAUCUUUGGCUACAAAGACCUAAAAGUGAAGCUCUACUUCACAGCUGGACCUCUUAAUAUCUUCCUCAGUGUGGAAUACAGUCACAAGCUUUCCUUUGAUGAGCAUAAUAUUACACCAGAUGACAUAACCUCACUGAUCACAGAGAAGCUUCCUGCUGGAUGUUACUACACAAAUAUCGAUGAAUUUUGCAAUGUUGUUCGUAAGGCUGAUACCUUCCAACCGUUUGGAGAGAAGAUUGUUCAAUUCGACGUUAAAUCUGAUUCAGGUGAUGAAAGGCGCUUCGAAAUUUACUUUUGCGAUCCAACAACUCCAAAAUUCUUCCCAUAUCAUGCACGCUUCGAAUCUUUUAUUAUGUGGUACAUUGAUGCAGCUAGUUACAUUGAGCAAGAUGACCAUAGGUGGCUGUUCUUUUUCUGCUACGAGAAGUACCUCAACAGGGAUGGUAAUACGUGCUAUGCUUCCGCAGGCUACGGAACAGUUUACCAGUACUACGCCUACCCAGAACAUGUACGCCCUAGAAUUAGUCAAUUGAUCGUCCUACCGCCUUUCCAGAAGUUGGGUAUUGGAUCACGGCUCAUUCGCACCAUUUACGAUCACUACGAAUCCAAUAAAAGCGUUCUUGAUAUAACAGUGGAGGAUCCCUCAGAGGACUUUCAGAGUAUUCGUAAUUAUAUUGAUGCAAAACUCUGCAUCGAUUUGCCGGCUUUUCAACCUGAAAAACUCCGAAAAGGUUUCUCCAAGGACAUGGUAGCGGAAGCUAAAGCAAAGGCAAAAAUUAAUUCACUGCAGUGUCGCCGUAUCUACGAGAUUCUCAGACUAUACCACACAAAUGUCAACAAUGAGGAAGAAUAUCGCGCAUACCGGCUGGAUGUAAAAAAGCGCCUCAACAUGAUGUACACUUUACAUAAGAGGAAUCUGGAGAGGGCAGAACGUCGUGGGAUGGAUGUGACAGCCGCUAAAGUGGGUAUGACACCGCUUGCCGAAAGACUGGAGCAGCUCCAUGAGGAGUUCAACGUCUUAGAGCACGAGUAUCAGCGUGUCAUUCGGAAAUUAAAGGAAUACAACUGAAGACUCUUUUGGAUUAUCUCUUCUCAACACCUCAAGAAUAUGUAAUAAAUUUCUGUUUUAAAUUUAAA